AUGGACGCGACAUCAGCAGCAGCUAAGAGACGAAGACUAGCCGAGGAGCAGGUACAUACACAAAAUGAACACCAACCUAGAAACUUCAAACCCAAUCUUACUCCUCCACGCUUCACCGACAGCCAUUCUUUCCCAGAAUUCAUGCGUAGUCUAAACGCAUACCUUAAUGCAUGCCACGCCACCUCAUUGGACGCACUGAGGUUGUUUCCAGCAUUACUGGACUCACCAGAUGCAAAAGAUGCAUACGACAGGAUCCAGCAGAAACUUAAGGAACAGGGCCCAUUCGAAAGAAUGAUAGACCAGAUGAAGAUAAAUCUUCACGAAUACGACGACAGUUUUUCUUCAUUUGAGAAACUGGUUCAUUCAAAACAAGGUAAUCUAACUGUAUCCCAAUUCGCCAGGUUGUGCCAAGAACGUGCUGACAUUGCAUAUUCUACCUUGUCACCCAUAAAAGAACCAACACUGUUAUCCGUGUUCAUCAGCGGACUACAAGCGCCCCUGAAGAAAGAAGUGAUAAAAGCUCACCCAGUAUCAUACCACGCAGCAGUACGACUUGCUAGAAUUGAAGAAGGACGAUACCAGAGAUCGACUGACCAGCUAACGGAGAUAUCGCACGCCAUACAUACUCUUUCAGACCAAGUAAAUGCUUUUCACGUCACUCAACCACGAGGAAGAGAUUCUUACCGGCAACGCGGACAUCAACAAGGCUACCGAAAGACCUAUCACAAUCGUAGAGAAGAAUCGCAUUCCCGUUACCAUCCCCCACGUUUUAACAGAUCGGCUACUCCUGAAAGAAGGGUACACUGGAAAGACCGGAACAGGAACAGGUUCCGCAAAUAUGUUAACUUCCUUUUUAUCAUAGCCUUAACAACCACCAUGUGGCACAUUGCGGAAGGAACAGAAACAUUCUAUGAUUGUAGCCCAACUACGCGACACGGAAUUUUGACAACUUUACCACAGAUCCUGGAUUGCCAAAUAAAAAGCACAAGCUCGAUAGUCACGACAACGAUUCAAGCUUACCGACAUAACGAUACAACAACUCGUUACCAAACAGCAUACAGAUGCUCCAAGAAGGAACUCACGUUUCAGAUGACUUCUAUCAUGUUUCAUUCCUAUACGGAAAUGAUAGAGCAACACAAACUCUCUACUACGCCUACAGAAUGCUGGGACUCUAUCAAAACUCAAUUGUAUCUAGGUCAGACUUUCCAUAAUCACAGCACGAAUACUAUCAGCACUAAACCGACACUCCCUCAAAACAAAGCUCUUUAUCACAGCGAAAUCGUAAACCGUACAGUUUAUUAUAUUACCACCGGUACGAUAACGGUUAUCUCGGACGAAACAGUAUUCUCAUCAUUAUUGCUGAACAUUAAUGGAUGCAAACAAAGCGAUCUGUUUUGCUCAGAAGAAGGAGAUACGAUAGUAUGGGACUAUGCAUAUACAACCCCAUACUGCCCUAUUGAGAAAGCAGGUACCUAUACAGCUCAGAUUCAGGAUAACAGAGUAAUUAUCCCCGUAAAGAAUGCGAUAUAUCAUCUCACUGAACUAGCAGGAGAUCAGUACUCACUAUGCACCGGAAUGAGUUCUUUCAAAACAUUCGAAGGGGACAUAAUCACUUUCCCCCAGCAGCCACACAUCACCAACAUCUCGGAUCUCCAAGCGGGGACCAGCCCUCAAAUCGCACAACAACAACAACCGCAAUCAGAGCUUCCACCAUACGAAGAGUACAGAUUGCGACAACCAGCCAUCAACUUAACCAUCUCCAGAACAAACAGAGAUAGAUCUCUAUCAUUUUUUAUACAUGCGUAUGAACAAGCUUGCUACUCCCAAAACGAGAAGCUCUACAUUUGGAGGACACUAUUUGCUAUAAAUCCAACCGUUGCCAUUCGAACCGCUACAAACAGAUACGACAUAGCUACUCGAAACAUCGGUACUUCCUUGAUACACAUAUACCAAUGCCACGAGAUCCAGGUACAAAAGAUUUAUUACAACCAUCGAAUCAACGAUACUUGUUUCUUCGAAACACCUGUCACCUUAACAAAUGGAUCCACCAGGUAUAUUAAAUCUGCAACGAGAGAACUUCAACUAGAAGGAUCAGCGAUACAAUGCCCGCAUACAAAUGUAAACAAUAACAACUCCACUGCAGAUUCUAUUUUCGGUCCUCUCGCAUACAUUGGAGAGAUUCGACCACCUUCUAUUUCCGGUAGACCCCAGUCAAGAAAAUAUCGGUCGAUUCUUAACGAGAUCACAACAUCUUUACUUAUUCAGCCCGUAUCAACCAACGGAUCCGGCCUUUAUAUCAAAAAUUUCAUAGAAAAUACUCUGAACGAGUCACAGGCAAUACUGAACAACAUUGGAGAAACAGUAGCAGAGUCGCUCGAGAAGGGUAUAAAAACAACUACAGAUUGGGCUAAAUCCGGUUGGAAUGAAUUUUUACGCCUGCUGAACACCUGGAAAUGGAUAAUUGGCAUUGCCAUCGGUACUGCAGGUUCAAUACUCAUCUGUAUUUUAUACAUUCACAUGUGUGGAUGUCCAAGAUUUAGACCAUCACCCAAAAUCACCGCAAUUCAAGCCGAAGCAUCCGAUUCCGAAGAAGAGCUCGACAACACCGAAGACGGAGAAGGAUCAACAUAUUCAUUCAGUACGCAACGUCAACUAGGUUAUGGUAAACUGUUUACCUAUAUACCCAUACUACUACCUGCGAUCUGCGUUGCAUCUGCAACUCAACAGCAUCUACCGCUGAUUCCAGUGCAACUAGAAGAUCGCAUAUUCACCGCCUUAUGGGACAGUGGAGCAUCGAUAUCGAUAGUUCAAGAAUCCACGUUACACUACCUUGGUCUUCGAACAACAAACAAAUGCCGCACAACAGCUAAAGCAGCCAAUGGAUCAACAAUACCAUUUAUAGGCUCCAUCCAAAUUGAUGUUACCAUAGCCAACAUUUACAUACGACACGCAUUCUUCGUAACAUUAGAUAACAACUGCCCCACCCCUGUGUUGAUAGGAAUUGAUCUUAUGAAAGCAUUGGACACGAAAGGAUAUAAAACAUGCCUUAGUCCACACGAAAAAACCCUAACUAUAGGGAAAUGCACGAUACCACUUCUAGACAACACGAGAAAACCCUAUACGGUAUCAACGAACAAAUAUCCAUUACAGAUCAAAUCAUCAACCCACAUCCCGGCACUCAAAUAUACAACGCUGGUUCUCACAGUAGAAGAAAUCCCUCACGGAACCACUGUACACAUUAGCAGCGAUCCAACGCGACCGCUGCAGUUCCAACCAACAAUCAUUAAUCCAACAGGAACAGACACUAAGCUAAGAGUUUUUAACCAAACAAACGACGAUAUCCACAUACUAGCAGGAACAACAAUCGGAGAAGCCGGGGAACUUCAGGCACAAACACCAAGUCACGCAUACGAUCCUUAUCCUUCACCAGAAACCGACUGGGAAAAACGUUUCCCACAAUUCAAAGAAAACUUCAUUAGUGACUUGGACACAAGGACGGCAGACCUAUCUCCACAACAACGAAUAGCUCUAACUAAGAUCAUCCUAAAUAACAAGAAAGCCUUUUUCAACGAGGACAACGAUAUAGGGAAGUUCACAGGGCCAAUCCAACAUACCAUACCACUUGUCAAGAACGCCAAACUUCCGAAACCACGAACAUUCCGAAUACCUCUUGGCAAACAAGAGGAAGUGGAUCGACAGGUUGAAGGGAUGCUUACGCAAGGUAUAAUCGAACCAUCCACAUCUACAAUACUGAGCCCCAUCGUAUUGGUCAAAAAGAAGGAUAACUCCUUCCGCUUCACAACAGACUUCAGAGCUCUCAACGCCAUCACAGAAAAACAGACAUAUUUAAUUCCAAACAUCACCGACAUCAUUGACAUGGCAGCAGGAGCUCAAUACUUCACCAACCUUGACCUUAUCAGCGGAUUUUUCCAGAUAUCUCUCAAACCCGCAGAUCGAUACCUGACCGCUUUCUCUACAAGUACUGGAACAUAUCAGUACAAAAGAAUGCCGAUGGGAUUGUGCGGUGCGCCGCACACGUUUCAAACUGCCGUACGAUAUAUACAGCAGCAAGUGAAAUGCAGACUUUUUGUAUAUUUAGAUGAUCUACUCAUCAUAUCCGAAUCAACAGAGCAGCACCUCGUUGAUAUCACAGAAGUACUACAAGCCAUAAUUGCGUCAGGAAUGAAGAUUAAGCUGAAAAAGUGCGUAUUUGCAACGAAAGAAGUGAAAUUUCUCGGAUUACUGGUAGGACGCGAUGGAGUUAAACCAGACCCAGGAAAAACCAAGGCAGUAGAAACAUACCCGAUACCUACUAACACCUCA